AUGAGCGAGAACCAGAGCAGUGUGCCCGAGUUCCUCCUCCUGGGGCUCCCCAUCCGCCCAGAGCAGCAGGGCGUGUUCUUCGCCCUGUUCCUGGGCAUGUACCUGACCACGGUGCUGGGGAACCUGCUCAUCGUCCUGCUCAUCAGGCUGAACUCUCGCCUCCACACCCUCAUGUACUUCUUCCUCAGCCAGUUGGCCUUCACUGUUGUCUCUUUCUCAUCUGUCACUGUCCCAAAGAUGCUGAUAAACAUGCAUACUCGGAAUCAAUCCAUCCCCUAUGCAGGCUGUGUAACACAGAUGUAUUUUUUCAUAUUUUUUGCCUGUAUUGAUAACCUUCUUCUUGCAGUGAUGGCAUAUGACAGGUACGUGGCCAUUUGCCACCCUUUACACUACACCACCAUCAUGAGGGAGGAGCUGUGUAUGUUUCUACUGGCUGGGUCCAGGCUCUUUGCCUGUGCCAGUGCCCUGUCUCACACCAUCCUCCUGGCUUGACUGUCCUUCUGUGCUGACAACACCAUCCCCCACUUCUUCUGUGACCUUGCUGCCCUGCUUAAACUCUCCUGCUCAGACACUUCCCUCAAUGAGGUUUUUAUCCUCACUGUUGGGGGAUGGGUCAUUACCCUGUCAUUUUUUGGUGUUCUAGUCUCUUAUGGCCGCAUUGGGGCCAUCAUCCUGACGUUUCCCUAUCAAGGGGUAUAUAAAGCUUUGUCCACCUGUGGCUCUCACCUCUCUGUGGUGUUUCUGUUCUAUGGGACAAUCAUGGUAUUGUACUUUUUCCCAUCAUCAAGCAACUCCAAUGACAAAGACAUAAUUGCUUCAGUGAUGUACACAGUGGUCACCCCCAUGCUGAACCCCUUCAUCUACAGCCUGAGGAACAGAGACAUGAAAGGGGCCAUGGGGAAACUUCUCAGAAAGGAGAUCUUAUUCUCCAAGUGA